UGCAUUUAUAAUUACUAAUUCCAAUGAUUCUUAUAAUACUAGCCAGAGAGUUGUGUAGGUCUAAAGAGAGAGUACAGAACAGCGUUGCUACUACCACACGGAGAAGGUGAAGCGGCCCGAAUAAAGCCAAUCCCUCUACAGAAGAAACCAGUGGCAGUGAACACAGCUAGCAGACAAGGACAAAGAGAAUUAUUAUUGAUUUUGAUAGGAGCUGCUCAAAACGCCAGCCAUAUUAUGGAGGAAACGAAAGUCAUAUACUACAUUGAUGACGAGGAAACCCCGUACCUGAUGAAGAUAGGCAAGCCACCAGAGCUGGUCACCCUUGGAGACUUCAAGGGACAGCUCAAUCGCACAUACAUCAAGUUCUUUUUCAAGUCAGAAGAUGAUGAUUUCGGUGUUGUUAAGGAAGAACUGGCUGAAGAUGAUGCUCUACUGCCCCAGGUCAAUGGUCGCGUCGUGUGCUGGGUGAUCACAGAGUCUAAUGUUUCAGGAUCAGAGGCUAGUGGCUCUGAGGGAGACUUCAUAAAAUUUCAAUCCAAGGACCUACUGUUUGAAGCAAAAACUCACAGCAGUCCCAAUAAUGGAGGUGUGAAGUUCCAUGGUAGUCUGAGAUCACCUGCCCCCCUAGUGCCACAGGGCACACAGAGAGGACCUGUGGUGUACCCUGCUCCCCUGCGUACUGGCAGUGCUACCCACCACCCACCGUCUGCCUCUCUGCCAGUUGGAGUUUUGAUUACUGCUGGAGGUGGUAGUGUAGGUAUGGCUGCUGAGCUGUGCUUCCUGUGUGAGGAUCCAAUAGACAUUAAGUUUGAGCCAUGUGGUCAUGCUGUCAUGUGCUCAGCAUGUGCACAGAGAACCAGAAAAUGCCCCAUUUGCAAAGCUGCAGUCAAGACUAUCUCCAAGCUGUCCAAGGUUUGUGUGAUGUGUAAUGAAGAGGAGGCCACAGCCACUGUCAAGCCAUGUGAUCACACCUUCUGUCCAGAAUGUGCCCGGAGGAUGAAGACAUGCUUCGAGUGUCGAGUGCUUAUUACUGCAAAAGAGGGACUACCCCCCGUCUCGGCCACUAGUGUUCAUCCGCUGGCCAGCCCUGACUCUGAAUCUAAAUGUCCUAUUUGUCUGACAGAGCCUAAGAACACGUCCUUCCUGUGUAGACACCAGACAUGCUGGGACUGUGCACAGAAGGUCGACCAUUGCCCCGUGUGCAAGAAGUUUGUGACUCAUAGAAUUCAGUUGUUUCAGUGACAAUUUAGUAUUUGUUUUGUUUAAUUGUUGUUCUUUCUUUUCUGACUUUGUCAUGCAGACUUUUUUAUGCGAUGUGUUUUAAGGUUUUAGGUACACGUGCAGUGAACAUUAGACAACUUUUGUGUGUAGUGUUAAUUGUUGUUUCGUUAUUUAUGUCAAUUGUUAGUUAUCAA